AUGGUCAUCAAGGACCACGGGAACAAACUCAACAAAAACGCGUCGCAAGUGGACGUGGUCUGGUUGGUGAAGUGGUUCACCAGCUUUGCGGAGGAGGUUGGCGAGGUCGUCCCUGUGCGCGUCCGUAUGCAAAAGAAAAUCGACGGGAGCGUCCAGAAAUACUACAGCAGCGACAAGUCCCGGGUGCGUGAACCCGCACGAGCCACGAUGCGGAAGCUGCUGACGCUGCACUGCCCUACGAUUCGGAUCCGAUCCCCGCGAAGCAACGUAUGCGAUGUAUGCGUUAUUUACCACGCCGGAAUGCGCGGAGGCGUCGCGGCUGACAAGACGGAGGCACUCGGCCGCCAUACUGAAUCGGCUCGGCUCAUGCGGCGCGAAUACAAGUGUGACAAGACUUUCUGCUCGAGCGACCACGCGGUCAUUGUCAUGGACUACUCGCAGAACCUGACUAUCCCCAGCGUGGCCAACACGCCAUCCCAAUGGUAUUUUUGCUCUCUGCUGUCGGUGAGCUGCUUCGGUAUCUACUACGAGAACGACGGUGCGCACACAAAUUACAUCUACGAUGAAAACACCAGCAGCAAGGGCAGCGACCAAAUCAACUCAAUGCUGGCCCAUUUUAUCGAGACAAAGCUCGUGCCGUCUGGCAAAACCAAGCUGACUGUGUACACCGACAACUGCUCGGGCCAGAACAAGAACAACUACGUGAUCAAGUUCUUGCUGACCCUUGUGGACAUGGGCAUUUUCGAGCAUGUGGACUUCAAAUUUUUCGUAAAGGGGCAUACGAAGAAUUCGUGUGACCGUGCAUUUGGCCACAUUCGAAAGCACUUGGCCUCCGCUGAGUGCUGGACAAUGCAGCACGUUAUUGAUGCAGUCGACGCAGCUUCGGCAAACUCCGUGACUGUGCAUGUUCCAAGGGGCAGCAAGCUCUUCAAGUCGUACAAACCAGUGCUGACUGAGUUGUACAAGCGGCUCGAUGACCACAUUGAAAUCCUGCCACCCCCACCUAUCAAUGCCGAGAAGAAAAAGCAGAUGUACAAUUCCAUUAGGCCGUACGUCCCGGACGAGUUCCAGAACGACCCGUUGUACGCGAAGCCAAGUGAGGAUGAAGGAGCUGCAGCUAAAACCAAGAAGCAAGCUCGCUUAGCGCAUCGUGCUGCAAUGGCAGCGGCCGCCAAGAAGAACCAAGAAGGACGUGGAAUGGCUGCCCAAAAGAAGAGAGCAGCACCCUGCAAGAAAGCUGUUGCUAACUCCAAGAAGCGCAAGUCUUCAGCGACGCCUGAAGCUGAAGAUGAGUAG